UAAACGCCGGCUGAAUCAAAAAUCAACCACUUCCUCUCUCGUGUUGUUGACCACUCCUCCACUUUGCAGUCUCAGAUCUCGAAAAAUGGCAGCGAAAAUCUCUCAGCUUGCUUGUCUCUCCUCCACCCAUCGCCAAUUCCGAAUCCAGAACCGAUCGUUUCCGGGACUUAGGUUCCGUCCGGAGUCUUUUGUAGUUAGAAGCGUCGAUGGGAACAGCUCAGAAACAACACCAGCUUCUUCUCUCAGCUAUACAGCUGAGGUUUCUAAACCUUUCGUUGUGAAAACAUCCAACUCCACAGUGGAUGAAUCUGCUACGGGUAAAGAGAUUAUCUCAGAGCCAGUAGAGGAACAUGUUGCCCCAACACAGCCUAAAAGAGCAGCAAAGAUCCAUGACUUCUGUUUUGGCAUUCCUUAUGGUGGUCUGGUUAUGAGUGGAGGAUUGCUUGGAUUUGCGUUUUCAAGAAAUCUUACAAGUUUAAGUACUGGAGUCCUCUAUGGUGGUGGCCUUCUUGCUCUUAGUACAUUGAGCAUGAAGAUUUGGCGACAGGGAAAAUCUAGUUUCCCUUACAUACUAGGUCAAGCAGUGCUUUCAGCUGUCGUCUUCUGGAAGAACUUCACAGCUUACUCUAUGACUAAGAAGCUGUUUCCUGCCGGGCUAUUUGCUGUUGUCAGUGCUGCCAUGUUGUGUUUCUAUUCCUAUGUGGUGCUCUCCGGUGGAAACCCAGCUCCAAAGAAACUGAAACCAUCUUCUAGUCCUUCAUACUGAAGAAACUUAACAUAGGGAUCUUCUCUCUUCUCUCUUUUGAUGGUGUGGUUGGAUUCCUGAUGUAAUCUUAUUAUACUUUUGAGAAGCAACAACUUUUGCAUGUGUCAUUAUUAAAAUUUUGUUUACUGGUAACA